AAGCAGCAGCAGGGUUUUCAGUUGGGUUCGAUUGUUUUGUUCUGAGCCAGCGGUAGAAGCAGCAGCAGCAGCAAGAUGGGCAAGGAGAAGACUCAUAUUAACAUCGUCGUCAUCGGCCACGUCGACUCGGGCAAGUCGACCACCACCGGCCACCUGAUCUACAAGUGCGGCGGCAUCGACAAGCGUACGAUCGAGAAGUUCGAGAAGGAGGCGCAGGAGAUGGGCAAGGGCUCGUUCAAGUACGCCUGGGUGCUGGACAAGCUGAAGGCGGAGCGCGAGCGUGGUAUCACCAUCGAUAUCGCGCUGUGGAAGUUCGAGACGUCCCGCUACUACGUCACCAUCAUCGACGCGCCGGGCCAUCGCGAUUUCAUCAAGAACAUGAUCACCGGUACGUCGCAGGCCGACUGCGCCGUACUGAUCGUCGCCGCCGGUACCGGCGAGUUCGAGGCCGGCAUCUCCAAGAACGGCCAGACGCGCGAGCACGCCCUGCUGGCGUUCACGCUCGGCGUCAAGCAGCUGAUCGUCGGCGUCAACAAGAUGGACUCGACCGACCCGCCGUACCACGAGGCGCGCUACGAGGAAAUCAAGAAGGAGGUGUCGUCGUACAUCAAGAAGAUCGGCUACAACCCGGCGUCGGUCGCGUUCGUGCCGAUCUCGGGCUGGCACGGCGACAACAUGCUCGAACCGUCGGACAAGAUGCCGUGGUUCAAGGGAUGGGCGGUGGAGCGCAAGGAGGGCAAGGCUGAGGGCAAGACGCUGAUCGAGGCCCUGGACAACAUCCUGCCGCCGUCGCGCCCAACCGACAAGGCGCUGCGUCUGCCCCUGCAGGACGUCUACAAGAUCGGCGGUAUCGGUACGGUACCGGUCGGUCGCGUUGAAACUGGCGUCCUCAAGCCAGGUAUGGUGGUCGUGUUCGCCCCGGUCAACAUCACCACUGAGGUAAAGUCGGUCGAGAUGCACCACGAGGCGCUGUCCGAGGCCCUGCCCGGUGACAACGUGGGCUUCAACGUGAAGAACGUGUCGGUGAAGGAGCUGCGCCGUGGCUACGUUGCCGGCGACUCCAAGGCAAGCCCGCCGAAGGGUGCUGCCGACUUCACUGCUCAGGUCAUCGUCCUGAACCACCCGGGACAGAUCGCGAACGGCUACACGCCGGUGCUCGAUUGCCACACCGCUCACAUCGCGUGCAAGUUUGCCGAGAUCAAGGAGAAGUGCGACCGCCGUUCGGGCAAGGUGACGGAGGAGAAUCCGAAGUCGAUCAAGUCCGGCGAUGCCGCCAUCGUCAACCUGGUGCCAAGCAAGCCGCUGUGCGUCGAGAGCUUCCAGGAGUUCCCGCCGCUCGGUCGGUUCGCCGUGCGCGACAUGCGUCAGACGGUGGCCGUCGGCGUCAUCAAGUCGGUCAACUUUAAGGAGGCGUCGGGCGGUAAAGUAACGAAGGCCGCCGAAAAGGCCCAGAAGAAGAAAUAACUAGAGACACAGCAACACCCGUCACUAGUCGUAGAGGCCGCGGAGGAACAGAAGGAGCAGAAGAGAAACACGCCAGCUGUACUAUCAACAACGCUAGCGGCAGAACCAGCACCGGCAGCAGCAGCAGCAGCAGCAACAACAAUAGCAGUGGUGCCGGCAGCGAUAACAAAUGAUAUCCAAUUCUCAACGUUAUUAUUAGAGAAUAAUACUGAUGAUGAUGAUGGUUAUGACGAUGCAGGGCACGGCGAUGAUGGCGUGCCGAUGGCGCAGCUGAAGAGAAAUCAUUCAUUAUUAUUAUUAUUAAAUAAUAAUCUAAGAAUUACUAUUAACGAUAAACUACCACUUAACAAUGCUAAUACUGAUAACUCCUACGAUUGUAAUAAUUUAAAACAACGCCCAUCGUCAACAUUCAAUGGCAGUGAUGCCGGCAAGGUGUGGUGGCUGUCGGUGGCUGGAUGGCGCAAACCCACGUGCCCGAUCCUGGCGACGACCGGCACUGGCCAGCCGCAGAAGCCGUCCGCGGUGGCCGACCCGCUCGCUCCGCUGUCCGGCGGGUUCAUUUCUUCCCUCAAACCAUCGCCCUCACUGUCGCUGUUUUCAUCGGUAACUAAUUUAUUUUAUCACCAUCGGAAAGCAUUUCGGAGGAAAGAUGACGACCACCGGACGCUCAUCGGGGGCUGGCGGGACGAUGUGGUGCUUCGCACUGCCGUCAACGACGCCACCGCCGCCAUCGUUGUCGUCCACAUGCAGCAAUGCAUCAUCGUCGCUGCCGUCGUCGCGCUCGCCAUUACCACCGUCUCCAUCUAUGGGGCUGCUGCUGCUACUGAGACUGCACGGAUGCUGCACGGCGCCGGAUUUGCCACCAACCAACGCUCAACCCGUCGGUCAGCCUCCGUCAGCGUGCGCGCCAUUAACAUCGGCCUGCUGCCACUGCAGCAUCAAGCGCGAAGUUAGUACAGCUGCCUAGCAAUUGUCACCGUUGUCGACGUUUGCUACGAUCAUCGAGACUCCGAUCACAACGGCAAACGGCAAACAGAACAACCGGAACAGAGAGAGUCGAUAGCAACUAAUAAAAUGCAAUGCUGAACUGAUUGAAACAAGGAAGGAAAUUAUACAUUUAAAAGACAGAGAAGAUGAAGAAAAACAACACAAAGAAUUGAGCAACUAACUUGUAGGAUUGGCGGGAGCCCCCCCGGAAAACUACUUGGAUUUGUUUGAUUUAUUUUAAACUACUACUAGAUGCGUUCGUUUGAGGAACACCGUAGGGAAAGUGGGAAGCGAAACAAAACAAGCCGUAAAAGACUCGUAAAAACCAAGGAUGCACUGAAUCGAUGAUACGAACAAAUGAACAAGAAAAAUACCAUUUAUGAUCCUAACAAGCCGUGUAUUUUCGUUUCCUUUGGUUUACGUUUUACUUCCCAGCGGAUGGUUGAGCGUUUCGCUUAUUUUCUUCACUCUGCACUAACGGUGGUUAGAUGCUUUCAUAAAUUUUGCAUACGUCCCCCGCAAGGUUUGCAAUUUUCUUCAGGUUCCUCACAGUUUUAAGCGAUGUAGGAGGAGUGGGAUGCAAAAGUUCUAUCUUUUCCGGCCAUAAAUCUCUUCUACGAGCGUACGGGGGGUUUUACUUGUUUCUUGUACCCAUCGCAAUCCAGUACAACAUUGUUAGGUGGACAGUUUACGCAGCAGCAUAUGCAGCACAAUGUUGCCGGCUUUGAAAACGGGAUAGUAUCGACGCAGCAACUGCGCCAACAUAAGCAAACACAAAACAAAAAUCCAUUGGAUGGCAACCAAUUUAAAAUAACAAAAAAAAAAAACCCACACACACAAGUAUGUAUGUGAACAUAAAUGUAAUCACUAUGAAAAGCCGAAAACAGAAAGCACCUGGAAAUAAAUU